UCCUCAAGGAGGGGAUUGUACCACCCUGACUCCUUCUCUCAUCCAGUGAUAUCUCCCAAGGGGAAACUGAUCCUGCCUUUCUUCCCCGUUCUUAGUGGUACCUCCCUUGAAGAUCCGGGCACAUCUCCCCUUCCCCUGGGAUGCGGUUUGGAACUUCUGCUUCUGUAAACUUUGCACAGACCCAUAGAACCCAGUUCCAAAGGCCAGUUUCUCCUGAAACCUGGCCUUCAGAAAGUUUCUACGCAUGAGCGACGCCCCCCGCCGUCGCCUUCUGUGGAACAGCCCGCUGUACGGAAAGGACGCUAAGAUGACGGCCCUUAUAGUGGAACACCUCGGCGCAGCCAUGUUCCUCGCCCGUCGCCGCCGCUCAUGGUUCAAGUCUCUGCAGAUCUCUAACUGCACAUUGUUCAGAGUGAGUGGACCACAGUCUCAGAGCUCUUGUGUGAUUGUGUGCGAAAUCAACAGCCCCAGAAGGGGCAGUGGCAGAGGAUUUGUUGGUAUCUCUGUGGAGCUGUUGAGCUUUCCCCUUAAUGGAGGCUGCAGGAUCUUCCAUUUAUUUUGACUGCAGCCCAUAUAUACACACCUCUCCAGCUUUGGAAGGUGGACUGGUAUCCAGAGUCAACAUGCCAGCUAAUGGGAAAUCACCCCAGAGGUUUCCUGCCCUGGUUCCAGGAAAACCUGGUGGAUCAUUUGAGGGAUCCGUGUCAUUCGAAGAUGUGGCUGUGGAUUUUACCCGACAGGAGUGGCACAGACUGGAUCUUGCCCAGAGGACCAUGCACAGGGAUGUGAUGCUGGAGAACUACAGCAACCUGGCAUCUGUGGGUGAGGAUAUUGUCCACCUAACUCCUGAAAGCUCAGGCAACCUGGCCCAUGUCCUGUGCCAUUUCCCAUUAACAGGCCUCUGCGUGGCCAAACCAGAGAUGAUCUUCAAGUUGGAGCGAGGGGAAGAACUGUGGAUAUUAGAGGAGGAAUCCUCAGACCAUGGUUACACAGGCUCUUUUUCACUGCCAGGUGCCAACAGUUCUGUUUGGGGUAAUUCCCUCAGGCAUGAUAGUGACCUUCAGCAUUGGAAGAUUCAAACUUUGGAUCAAACUGUUGAAUAUCAGAAAGCCUUCUACAAGAGAACGAGCUUUGUUGGACACAAAAGAACACACACAGGAGAGAGAAACUUUGAAUGUAAUGAAUGUGGGAAAACUUACUGCAGGAAAUCAAACCUUAUUGAACAUCUGAGAAUACACACAGGGGAGAGACCCUAUAAAUGUGGUGAAUGUGCAAAAACCUUUAGUGCAAGAUCAUACCUCAUUGCUCAUCAGAAAACUCACACAGGAGAGAAGCCCUUUGAAUGUGAUGAAUGUGGAAAAUCUUUUGGCAGGAAGUCACAACUCAUUCUACAUCAGAGAACACACACAGGAGAGAGACCCUAUGAAUGUACUGAGUGUGGGAAAACCUUUUCUGAGAAGGCAACCCUCAUGAUUCAUCAGAGAACUCACACAGGGGAGAAACCCUAUGAAUGUGGCGAAUGUGGGAAAACAUUUCGUGUUAAGAUAUCUCUUACUCAACAUGAGCGAACUCACACAGGGGAGAAACCCUAUGAAUGUGGUGCUUGUGGGAAAAACUUUGGUGCAAAAAAAUCCCUAAACCAACAUCAAAGAAUUCAUACAGGUGAGAAACCCUAUAAAUGUGGUGAAUGUGGGAAAUUUUUCAGAUUGAAGAUGACUCUCAAUAAUCACCAGAGAACUCAUACGGGUGAAAAACCCUACCAGUGUAAUGAAUGUGGGAAAUCUUUCAGUGUGCACUCAUCUCUUGGAAUACAUCAGCGAAUUCACACAGGAGAGAAACCUUAUGAAUGUAACAAAUGUGGUAAUGCCUUCUAUGUCAAAGCACGCCUCAUUGAACAUCAGAGAAUGCAUUCAGGAGAAAAACCCUAUGAAUGUAGUGAAUGUGGAAAAAUCUUCAGUAUGAAGAAAUCCCUUUGUCAACACCAGAGAACUCACACAGGAGAGAAACUUUGCGAAUGAAGAAAUGCCUUCUCUGUGAAAGUACGCCUCAUAACACAGGAGAGACCCUUUGAAUGUCAAGAAUGUGGGAAAGCUUUCUGCAAGAAGGCACACCUCACAGAACAUGAGAGAACUCACUUAGGCCAGCCCUUGCCUUGUACUGUGGAGAAAGCUUCUCUGAGAAGACUCCCCUCACCAUUUGACCAAGCCCUUUGGGCCAUCUGAUUACUGGGGCACACAGAGUAUACCUGUAACAAUAUGGCUCCUACCUUGGUGUGAAAAUUGUCCUGAUCCCCUUAGGGAGUGGCUUAUUGUUGUUUUCAUUUCAUUUGGAUUUCCCUAAUUAGUGGUUGAGAAUCAGCUUACCUGUUGACUGGUCAUUGUUAUGUUUCUUCUGUGCAAUGACUGUUCAUGUCCUUUGCUCAUUGUUUUCUAAUAGGCUGUCUUUUACUUCUUGGUUUAAAUGUUGUUUUCCUUGUUCUUUAAAAAAAUAUAUGAGACCAUAAUCCCUUUUCAGUCAUUUGUGUUUCAGAUAUCUCCUCUCAGUCUGUGACUGGUUCUUUUAAUUUUGUUAACUCUUUUCUUCUGCCUAGGUUUUAUGUUUUUAUGUUAUCAGUUUCAAGGUGAUAAUAUUCUCCUAUACUUUCCUCUAAAGUGAAGUUUUCAUUUUCAACAUUGGAAAUUUUAAUCUACCCUAAGUUUCUGCUGUAUAAUAUGAAGUCUCCAAUAUAUAAUGCUAUAUUUUAAAAACUUUCCAUCAGUAGUAUCACACUAUUUUUGUUUAUGCAGCUUGCUUUUUUUUCAUGAAAUGUUACCUUUCCAAGAUCUAUCCAUGUUGGUAAAUAUAGCUCUGGUUUAUUUAUUUAUCUAAAGGCAUUUGUAUUUAUGAAAGGCAUUUGUAUCAUUUCUGUGUUUAGUAUUUAAAUCUAGAAAUGGCAGUGAUGGGUCAUAGGGUGUAGGCAGUAUGCCAGUUAUUAAUCUAUUGUGCCCCAGUUCCAAACCUGCCCUUCUAUACUGGGACUUUGUGAUGCUGGGGCCAUGACUCUAUAGAACACAUUCCUGUCUUACCAGCUGCUACUCUCUGUUGGGUCUUGCCAAUAAGAGAUAUGAAAUAUAUAUGUUGAGCCUUUGGAAGGAAGAAGGGACUUUUUUUUUUUCAAUUCCAGUUGGCACCCUGUUUAUCUGAGUAUCAGCCCAGCAUUGCUUCUCCACUUGGGCAGCAGCAGAUCCUCAUGGUAACAGCAGUUUAAUCCAGUUUGCACUUUCCCAGUACUAACAGCUCGAUGGUACUGCACCCCCUCAGAGACACUUGGAGCAUCUGGCUAGUGCCACCUCCUUAGAACUAUGAAUCUCAGUCACAUGAGAGCCCACUUAAAACCUUCUAUUUUUAGUAAUUCCAACUUCUUCCCUUUUUACCCUAGCUCCACUGCUUUCUGCAGUUGCUGAGUCCAUGAGAAUUUUAAUGUUCUUUUUGCUUUUAAGGUAUGUGGUUAGUAACUUCAUAAUAAC